UAGUCAUUCAUAUCUAAGAUCGUACACGUAGAGAAAUUAAAUUAAUCAUGUCGGUUGGUCUUUGGUACCAAAAUGUGGUAAAUGCAUCUUGUUACAUUUCAAUGGGACAAUUAAUACGGUGAGAUAUUUAAUAUUGUUUAAAGCUGACAAUGCUUAAUCCCGUGCUCCAAUCAAGUUAAAUAUAUAUUCCGAUUUGAUUGAAAUCUGUUUGAACUUUUAACGACAUGCCACGAUCAACAAUGGGAAUUAAGUCUAACCAUACUACAAUGCCAGAGACAAGCGCUAUCCACGUGGUAUCCCUCAAACUUCAGACCGAUAUAUAACGCCGUCCAUUAAAGGUGUCAAUCACAGCGACAAUUAACUGGGGGAUCGAUACCUAUUAGAUCAUUAACGAGCGGUCUAAUAACACUAGGAGAUACAUGUACAGCUAGUGUGGACACCUCACCAGUGAGCACGUGAAAUACCUUUGAUCUUUGUUUUAGACGACUGGAAAAGAAACAAUAUAAGUGAGGCAAUGACAGAGUUCUCGUAACAUAAGGAGGCGACCCUUGGACGACUCACUUAGUCCUGCCUCCGUCUCAUAGCAACAAGAUGAGCCUCGGCGUGGAGAAUGGACGGACGUCCGAUAGGCGGCGCUCUUCCGUCUGGAAUCCCAUUACCAUCGAUGCGGAAGAUCUGAAUGGGACUGAAAUUGACAAGGAUGCGAUUCGAAGAAGUGUGUUUGGUCCACGACUUUCCGAAGUUAACUUGGGAGCCAUCGAUACUUCCGUGUGCCGACCUACUGCUGCGUCUGCGCGGAGAUCUGUCCUCUGGUCACGUGAGAGGAAGUCAUAUGAAUCUUUGAGCAAACAGAAUCUACAGGAGUUCCGUGAACGGCCGUAUAUGAAAUAUCGAUACCCAGAACUGUCCAAACACUACCCAGGGACAUGGCGGACAGCGAAUUCUCAACAAUUACAGAAAAUAGUGGAUAGACUGACCAGACCUACGUCACUUAGUACGAUGCGUGCGCAGUCUGCACCAAAGAUCACGCGCACCAUGUAUUCGAGCCGGUGUUCAAAUCGUAGCACAACAACGCAGUCGACGGUAGGCUCUUACAGUUCGCUUGAGAGCAAUGGAAUGUGAACUAGUUUGAUUGGGUAGCAUUUUUCCCACAUGAAUAAAAUUAAGGAUUUAUUUUGUGGAUUAUGCUACUGCUAAAAAACCGGAUGUUUCGCAAACGGAUAUUGUUACAACUAUAAAUAAAAGUCAUACUGUUUACCGGAAAACUUUCGCCCGGGAAAAUUUUCGCCCUUAUACGUUUUAACUUCAGCUUUCAAGUGUUAUUUCUGGAUAUUUUCUGCUAAGUGUCAAUAUUCGCUAUGAUGACAAAUUUGCCCUCAUUACGAAGGACACAAAAGACACGUGAUACUGAAAAUGCAGCAAGCAAUUCAAUGUGUACAGUAUGGACAAUUAUUUCUGUCCGUGACAAAAGGACAACGUGGUACCCAUGGCCGUAGCCUUUUUAACAGUUUGUCCCAUACAAAUAUACAUAAUAGUGUUUUUUAUCGCUUCCUUGAAAAGGGGAUAACACCAGAUACAGUGUUAUUCAAAUGUUUCCUGUCAGACAGAAAUCGACCGAGGAAUACAUGCACAUACGUAAGCCUAUCUGUGGGUAAUACCGUGUGUUCAAUCAGCAGUUCAGCUAUAAACAAGUCGUGUUGUAUAGAUAACAGUAUAUAGCACUGGCAUCCCCUGUAUACAGUUGAUAGAUAUCAUGGUCUGACAUUAUUGGGAUAAAUAGAGUAUUCCGGACUUUGUGUUGAUCGUGCGUGAACAUUUAAAUAAAUAUACAAUUUAG